AUGUUGCUCCAGUCCGCUUUUCUUGCGUUUGCACUCUUAGGAUCUGCCUUUGCUCAGGAUACUAGCUUAGCCGUUGUCAAAAGGACGUUUGACGAAGCUCUGGUUCCUGGCAACUUGAGCCUGCCGUUUGACCCAACGGUACUACUUGAAGUUACCUUCCCUCAGACGACUGGUCGGCCUAUUACUCUCCAUGCUGGUAUUCAACUUCCGAGGAACGCAACUGCUGGUCCUCCCGUCUUCCGUGUCGUCGGGCCCGCUGGGAGAGGCCCUUUUGUUGUAGCUACGGUGGACCUCGACGCUCCCACCCCUCAAACACGCACUUCUGCACAAAUACGCCACUUUUUAGGAGGAAACUUUGUCUUCGAGACCCCAAGGGACCAUUUUCUGUUAACCAACACUACUGCAGCUCUUAGCGAAUUCCGACAACCCACGCCUCCUGCUGGCUCGGAUCCUCACCGAUAUGUUUUCUUGCUGUUCAAACAGUCGAAAGCCUUCAACACUCAAACCCUUGUCACACCAGCAACCUCCAUUGCGAACUUUAACAUAAGCACCUUCGCAGCUGCAGUCGGACUUGGUCAACCCCUUGGAGGAACUUUCAUGUUGGUCGGACCUGAUCCAACUACAGCAUGA